UGGUCGAAGCUGGGUCAUCGAGAAGCAACUACCAAAUUCUUCAAGCUUUGCCGAGCCCAUGAGGAAACCACUUAUCUGAAUAUUGAAGUUCAAUACCUGCACACCUCCAUGCAUGAUGAAGAGCUCAGAAUGUCUGCCAUUGUACAGGACAUUCUUAUUUCAGAUCCACAGCUUGCCCGCAAGCUCCAGCACCAAUACCGUUCAUGUGCAGCUAUUAAUGCAGUGCAUCACUACCAAUUGGAUUGCAUUGAGAAACUUGCAGGUUUUUCUGGAGUG